GUCACAUGUUUUGACAAGUAAACAUGGCGGACGAGGAUACAAACACCAAAGUUGAAUGCGAAGACGUUCCUGCGAAAGAAGAAGAGCCAGAGGCUGCGGAACCUGAGCAAAACGAUGUCGCCAACGAUACCGACGAGGCUCAGAAGGACAAGCGGGCAGACAGCUCCUGGUCGGCGCCCAUUCUGUCGUUUGCUCGUAAAGCGACGGAGACGCUGAGCAGUGGAGUGAAUCACUACAGCGCGGGGUUAAAGGGAUCGGACACAUCUCAGCACACCUCUGACACCUCGGAUGCCCCGAAGACUGCAGCUGUGAAGGAUCCUGUGGUGAUAGAGAGGUCAAACCUCCUCAGCAUGAUGAAGCUCAGCAUUAAGGUUCUCAUCCAGUCCUCCCUCAAUCUCGGCCGCACACUGGACUCUGAAUAUCCACCUCUGCAGCAGUUCUUUGUUGUUCUGGAGCACUGCCUUAAACACGGGUUAAAAGUGAAGAAGACUUUCAUUGGUCCGAACAAGUCUAUCUGGGCUCCUCUGGAGCUGAUAGAGAAACUGUGCCCUGAGUCAGCUGACAUUGCCACCAGUGUGCGGGAUAUGCCUGGAAUCAAGACAGGCCUCGGACGAGCUCGAGCGUGGCUUCAUCUGGCUCUAAUGCAGAAAAAAAUCGCAGACUACAUGAAAGAGCUUAUAAAUAGAAGAGACCUUCUUAGUGAGUUUUAUGACCCCGGGGCUCUUAUAAUAGAGGAAGAGGGGGCUGUGAUUGUAGGUAUGCUGGUGGGUCUGAAUGUAAUCGAUGCCAAUCUGUGUGUGAAAGGAGAGGAUCUGGAUUCCCAGGUGGGCGUCAUUGACUUCUCAAUGUAUCUAAAGGAUCCUCAAGCUCCUGAGAACACACAGGACGAUUCAAAAAUGACAGCUAUUCUUGACCAGAAGCACUACAUAGAAGAACUGAACCGGCAUCUGAGCUGCACAGUGACAGAUCUUCAGGCCAAGAUGGACUCACUGGAGAAGACCAACAGCAAACUCAUUGAGGAGCUUACAGCAGCUACAGACCGAAUCAAUGCUCUGCGCGAAGAGCAGGAGCAACUUAAACAAGAAAAUGCUAAUAUUCUCCAUUCUAGUCAGAGGAAAGAGGAGGUCACUCUACAAGACAGCCAAGUUGAGCUAGAAACAUAUCGACAGACGCGGCAGGGUUUGGAUGAAAUGUACAAUGUCGUUUGGAAGCAAUACAAGGAGGAGAAACGAAUCCGGCAGGAGCUGCAAAAGGAGCUGGAGCUGCAGAUCGGCCUGAAGCAAGAAAUGGAAGUUGCCAUGAAACUCCUGGAAAAGGACACGCAUGAGAAACAAGACACGCUGGUCGCGCUUCGACAACAACUAGACCAAGUCAAGAAUCUCAACAUACAGAUGUUCAACAAAGCACAGGAGUCUGACCGAGUGGCCCAGAAAAAAGUGGAGGACAUGCAAGAGCUGGAAAAGAAGAUGAUUCAGAUGGAAGCAACCAUGAAGGAACUAGAGCAGAGGCUUCAAAAUUCAGAAAAUGUGCGCAAGAACACGGAUGAAAGCCAGAAUGAGCUGAGAUCGGAGAUGAAAGGGAAAGUGAAUGCUCUGCAGAAGCGUCUCUCUGAUCUUGACACACUCAGGGCGGGCCUGGAGUCAGAGCUGAGCACAGAGAAGGAGCACCGGCAGAACCUACAGAGGGAGCUGCAGAGAGAACAAGACAACAGUGCAGAGCUGCGCACACAACUACAGCAGCUGCAGGGCCUGCAGACGGAGCUGCUCGAUCUCCGACAGGAGAAGAAACAGCUCCAGCAGCUGUGCGAGGAGCAGGAACAGGCUCUGCAGGAGAUGGGCCUUCAUCUCAGCCAAUCCAAACUCAAGAUGGAAGACUUCAAAGAGGUUAACAAAGCCUUGAAGGGUCAUGCCUGGCUAAAAGACGAUGAAGCUACACAGUGCAAGCAAUGCCAAAAAGAAUUUUCAAUCUCUCGGAGAAAGCACCAUUGCAGGAACUGUGGAGACAUCUACUGCAACAGCUGCUCCAGUAAUGAGUUGGCUCUGCCCUCGUACCCCAGACCUGUCCGAGUGUGUGACGUCUGCCAUUCUCUACUGAUCCAGAGAAGCUCCAUCGGCUCCUGACAGCAUUCUACAUCUCUGCUGAUCGUGUGUGUGUGUGUGUGUGUGUGUGUGUGUGAGAGAGAGAAACUACAGGCUGACUGGAUUAAUCAAGUUCUCAAUCAGUUUUUAACACUUAUGCAUUAAUUACUUGUGGCACCACUGGCUUCUGUUUGACUAAAAUCUUUGAUCGUUGCAAAACCAUAUGCAAAGUUUAGUUGUUUUUUUUCGACAGGAAAACACAUGGAUAAUUUAACUAACAUUAAUCUGAUUGUAUGAUGGUCUCCAUUUUAGGGAGAACACUAACGCAUACAAGCCUUGAAUGCAUAAGGAUUCAUAUUUCCAUACUCUUCAUGCUUUUUAGUCUCUUCUUAUCAAAAUAGGACAGAAUUAAUUUAGUAAAUUCUGUUUAACUUUAAGGAGAAACAGAAUUACCGAAUUAUAAUCUUGAUCACUAAUUACCACUAUUUUUAGUAUAUGUGCUUGUGCUAUAAAGAUUUCAUCUGUGCAUGUCAUACAAAAAUAUACCAUUAAAACCGGGACCAGUUCCUGUAUGAGGUUAGUAGUACAUAUAUGAAUGUGUGCAUUUCUAAAACCAUUCUUAUAUAAAUGGAAUUAAAUAACAAUGGUUUCAUGUACACAUUUGUUCUGCUAAUAUUGUAAAUGAGGUCCAAAGUCAUAAAUGAUUUUUUUUUUCCCUCCCCAAAGGUAAAAUCAAAUUUAUAGUAUGCAAGACUAAAUAGCAGAUGAAUUGUAUUUUCUCCAAUUUCUUUUGCUCAUGCCAGUCAAAGAAAAACUUUUUAUAAACAUUUUUAAGGCUCUCUGAAUACAAAAUGUCUAUUUUAGAUUGCAUUUCCCGUGUUGUACCUUCUUUUGUCUCCAGUUCUGUUGAUAAAGCUGUAAUGAAGUUUCUGAGGAUUUUAUAGAAUUGUGUACGGUUUAAUAAACACUGCCUCAAAGUACCGAUUCAACUUUGAAGCCAUGAGGAAUCA